UGCGCUUGUUGUUCACGCGUCAUCAGUCUGUGUGUAAGUGGAGAAAAGAGCGAACACCGCACAGUAUCGGCACAAUUAUCAAACAAAUUGAGGAUUUUAUUAAAGUAGGAUAUGUGUGAAGGGCCUUCAAUGAUCUCUGGGCCCAUUCCUCCAGACCCCACACUGUUCCCAGAAUACUACAAACGCCCAUCCUCUGCUCGUGGUCGCCUGGAGGGGAACUCUAAGAAUGGGUCUCCGACUCUUCUGAAGGGUCCUUUAGCACCAGAUCCUGUGAUGUAUCCGGGGUGCUACAGCGCUCGGGUCACCCCUCGACCCCGCAUCGGUGCUAACGCUGCUGACAUCCUGGAGAGAGGCCGGAGAGGAGUGAUGGGCAAUUUACUGAAACUGGAGGGAGUCUCACUGAUUCCCAAUCCAAGCAAACCCAAAUCUGCCGCACGGGACUUUGGUAAAGAGAAUGUCCGUAAACUACGUGAAAUCCAGAGACGGUUUCGAGAGCUGGAGGCACAGAGAGAACACGCCAAACCUGUUCCUGUUAAAGCACUCUGGACCUCACCGAAAUAUCAGGAUGUGUCCUCCAGGGUCAUGGCACAGUUACAGGAGACGAGCCCCCCUAAGAAAGCAGAUUGUCAGACGUUUCUGAAAGCUCAUUCUUUAUGUGGCGCUGGAGGUCGACCGCAGCUCCGGUGCUCUGACACCGGGCCCACACCGGACACUGCUGGACAUGUUGAAAUGCAGGUCAGAGGUCACACGGUGGAUUUCGUGAGUCAUAACGCGCGUGCUGCGAGGAAGACGACCUUGCGGCGAUCUCAGUCCUUGCAGAACCUCAGAGACAAACCUCCGCCCAGCGCUGAGAAAGGAAAAGUUCCACAGUAUCUGGAGCAGAGGAAGAUUCAGUGGAAAAAAGAGGAGGAGGAGAAGAGGAGAAACACGCGGGACCCUUCCAUUCCUGCUGGACACACGCAGAUGUCUGAACGAGAGAGACUGGAAACCCUGCAGUCUCUUAAAGACACUCACAGGUCUCUUGUGAGCGAGCUGCUCUCUCUCCCCGUGAAAGCAGACACAGUGAGCAUUCGCUCUAGACGUGCACAACUCGACCAACGUCUCUCGGAAGUGGAGGAAGCCAUCAAAAUCUUUUCACGUGACAAAGUUUAUGUGAAAAUUGACUCAUAAACUCAGAACUCUGUUCUCGUUAGAGCUGCUUCCACUGCAUUUAUUUUCACUGCAUUAUUGGCUUGUUUGAAAUGGCUACAGGAAUUUUUUACUGUUUUUUUAAACAUGAAUUGUAUUGUAUUGUAUUGCUUUAAUUUAGUUGUGUUGUUAAACAUGGACUGCAGCACUUGUGCUAACCAGAUAACUCUUUUGAAUGUAUUUGUUUAUUAUGGUAUUAGUAGAAUAUUUAUUUUGAAUAGCUGUGAUGUGAUGUAUUGCAUUUUAGUAUUACAGAACUGACGUGACAGUGGUGCUCGUUUUGAAGAUCACAUUAAACAUGUUUUUUUAUUAAAGGUCUUGUUCACUCAAAAAUGAAAAUUCUGUCAUAAUUUACUCAACCUCAGGUUGUUUCAAACCUAUAUACAUUUAUUUGUUCUGUUAAACACAAAGAAAGAUAUUUUUUAAGAAUGUUAGCCGUUUUCAGUUCUGUGAAAUCAUCCACCAUAGUAGGAAAAAAAAAAAAUAUAUAUAUAUAUAUAUAUAUAUUGUUCUGUUGAACACAAAGCGAGAUAUUUCGAAGAAUUUAGGAAAACUAACAGUUCUGGGGCAACUUUGACUACCAUUCAUUUUUCCUACUAUGGCAGUCAAUGAUGUCACAGAAUUGAAAAUUGCUAACAUUCUUCCAAAUAUCUUUCUCUGUGUUCAUCGGAACAAAGUGAUUUAUACAAGUAAUGACAUGAGGCUGAGUGAAUGAUGACAGAAUUUUCAUUUUUGGGUGAACUGUCACUUUAAGGUCUUUUGAUUUUAUCAAGUAAAUCACGUCAUGUGCAAACAAAUGAUGCUAAUUAAACUUACAAUUUACAAAAAAACAAACAAAUAAAUACAAACUGGUAAAAAAAGA